UAUAAAGUCCGCAACCACAAACGAAACUAAAGCAUUGCACAACGAGCAUCCGAUAUGGGCAACAUCGGAGACACCAAGGGAGAUGAUUGGGAGGCGAUGGCAAAGAUCUACAAACAACUCACCGUCGGUGUCAGCCACAGGCCCAUAGCGGUGAUCCUCGAGAAAGUGAACGCACUGCAGCCAUUUUCCGAAGCAACAAGUAUUCACGAUAAUGGCUGCGGUCCAGGCGCGAUCAUCUCUCGAAUCAUCAAGGAAUAUCCAGUUCCCAGCUCAGCCACUCUCACAGCCAGUGACUUCUCGAGCCAUAUGAUCGAUCAACUCAAGCAGACAAAGGAGGAGGAAACGAAGGCAGAUCCGAAAAGUGCUUGGUCACGGCUUGAGGUGUCGGUGCAAGAUGCAAUGGACUUGAACAGCAUCCCUGACGAAUCGCGAUCACACGUCACCGCAGGCUGGGUCUACUUCAUGACGGCCGACCCCAUGAAGUGCCUCACCGAGUCGUACCGUGUUCUGAAGCCCAACGGCGUUCUUGGCCUUUCUUCAUGGAAGGACUCUCAAUGGAUGACGAUCUCUAACAAUGGCGUGACAGCAGUGCGUGCUGAUGCCAAGACGAUCGAAAUCCCUAGGGAAUGGAAGUCUGCAGAAGCCAUUGCCGAAGAACUCAAAAAGGCGAAGUUUCGAGAUAUUGACUCUGUUGAAGUUCACGUCGACAUGACCUUCGACUCGCACGAUGCACUGGUCGAGUUGCUCUCUGAAAAGAUGCCACACAUAAAGCAAACCACCAAAGAUUGGUCCGAAAACGAAAAGAAACAGCUUAAGCAGAUCUUUGGGGACAUGAUCAAAGAGGCUUCGCCAAGUGAGCCUGGAAGGAUGACAGGUACUGCACUGGUUGCCGUUGGUCGCAAGUAGUUAGAGGUAUUUCUAUCAAUACAGAGCUAGGGGUUCUUGCAACUUCGUCUGCCAUCUGAUCUGUCUGUCUGUAGUGCUAGGCCAACUCAGAUCUGGCCCUCAUUUAUUCUAUGCCAGAAUUUGGCUGCUCUUAUUCUCCAGUCUGAGGCCUGAAAGCUCGGGAAAAUUUAUUCUAUGCAAGCUCGUCACUCAGCGCCCGAAUUCUCUCGAGGAUGAGGAGCAGUCGUAAAUUUGGAAAGAUUCUUAGGGUUAGGGUUAGAGGUGCUCUCUUCUCUGCCCUUGUAAAAUCGCAUUGGUCAGCCAGCGCUGGGCGACAAGACGUCUUCAGCCCUGACAAACUCUGGUCUGCAGCACUCAGCACAGCCUCCCUGACGCUUGCGGCUUAUCGCGUUCGACAUGAAGCGAUAUGCUCACCAUUGCACAGCAGUGGACUUGCCCACGACUUUGCAACGUCGUGUCUUUGCUAGCCAACCAUUUACAUGGGUCUGACGCAAGGUGCAUUCCUGCUGGCUGGCUGGCGUUUUCCGUGCCACCAUUCCGGUGUCUUCGUACCUGGGAGCAGCUUUUUGGCAGUUCGUGAGC